AGGUGCCAGUCUAGCGUUCCUUUACGGAAAGUUUCAAGAUGGCGCUGCCCUUGGAUUGAGAUCUGAUGAAACAUUGGGAAAACGAAAUUGUAGAAUUCUUCGUAAUGAUUACUAUUUGUCGUAAUACAACUGCAAAUUUUCGAAGAAAAUAUCAAGUUUAUCAUCAUGUUCCGAUUCUUUACGCGAUCAAACCACGCACUCGGUGUAAAUAAUGUAUUUUAUAAUCAUCCGUGUUACAAAACUGCACAGUUGAUCGGUAGACUCAAAUCCAGCCGUUCAAGUCCAGCCGUGUGUUCCUCGCGAACACUUGACUCUAUUCAUCGGGAUGAUACAGGAACUGCUACUUCGUCGUCUUCACAGUGGUCACACAGUGUGACAAGAACUCUUCAUCAAGUUCAGGAGAGAUAUAUUUCGAGGAUAAAUUUACAUUCUCGAAAAAGUAAACAGUGUCAGUGUCAAAAACAUGAAUCAAAAACUGUGUGUUCGCAAAUUCCUGCAACAGCGAGAUGUUCAAACGGAUCAUCAUUACCCAAACAAGAAGUAGUGUUUUCUUCAAGAUUUCUAACCAGAGAGUACCACGCUUUGACAAGAAUUCUUCAGCGAUCAGGUUUCAAUAAUGUCCCAGCUCUGCAACAGCUUAUUGGGAUUGGGAAUGUCAAUUUCUUCAGCACAUCAUCCAGGCAGAAUCAGCAAAACGACAACAAGAAUGAAGAAAGAAAGGAUGAGGAAGAAGAUCCCGCCAAGCGAGGGAGUGAGGGGGAUAACAUACGAAUGCUCUUAGUCCUGAUGCUGAUCCUGACGCUUCUGAACUUCCUGUCCAAGGAGGAUGAGGCGCAGAGCAUCUCAUGGCAGACAUUCAUCAAUGAGAUGCUGAUGAAGGGAGAGGUCAAGUUUGUAUCCGUGACUUAUUAUGACUCCGAUGGCAGUGGUAAGAGCAGUAAUCCAGAAUCUGACGUGGUUCACGUGUACGCUAAUGAUGGUGCUAUCGUCCAUGGAAGAGAGGUUGGUCGAGGUCAGCCCAAUCACUUUCGCAUGCGAGUGGGCAACAUUGACAAGUUUGAGACCAAGUUGAGACAAAUGGAGGACAGCCUGGGUAUAGCGCUUCAUGACAGGAUCCAGAUUCAAUACAAGCACGUGACCAGCGACGGUCUCUCUAGCAUCGUGGGAACAGUGUUGGUCAUGGCCGUCAUCUUCUACAUCAUCCGCUCGGCGAUGAAAGGUGGUGGUGGCAUGAAUACCUUCACACAGAUGACUAAAGCGCGGUUCACUCUGGUCGAGGAGGGCGGGUCAAAGGGCGUGACCUUUAAAGACGUCGCGGGUCUGCAGGAGGCAAAGACCGAGGUCAUGGAGUUUGUUGACUACUUGAAACGACCUGCCAAAUAUCAGGAGCUGGGAGCUAAGGUACCCAGAGGAGCCCUACUCCUGGGCCCCCCGGGCUGCGGCAAGACCCUCCUAGCCAAAGCUGUAGCCACGGAGGCCAACGUUCCCUUCCUGGCCAUGGCUGGGUCAGAGUUCGUGGAGAUGAUCGGCGGCCUAGGCGCAGCAAGGGUCAGGAACCUGUUCAAGGAAGCUCGGAAGAGGUCGCCCUGCAUCGUCUACAUCGAUGAGCUGGAUGCUAUCGGCAGAAAGAGGACGGACAAUGCUUCACUGGGGAGUUCUGGGGAAGAAGAACAGACACUGAAUCAGCUGCUGGUUGAGAUGGACGGUAUGGGUACUAAGAAAGGCGUCAUUAUGCUGGCAUCUACAAACAGGGCAGAUAUCCUGGACAAAGCUUUGCUGAGGCCAGGCCGGUUUGACCGUCACAUUCUGAUCGACUCUCCCACCCUGAUUGAGAGGAAGGAGAUAUUUGAGGUCCACCUCAAGAAGCUGACAUUGGAGAACAAACCGGAGUCAUACUCGAUGAGGCUCGCUCAGCUUACCCCGGGAAUGAGUGGUGCUGACAUCGCCAACAUCUGCAACGAGGCCGCCCUGCACGCCGCCCGGGAGAGCAAGAAAAUGGUCACGGGCGACGACUUCGAGAGUGCCAUCGAGCGGGUCAUUGCCGGGGCAACCAAGGUCAACCGGGUCAUGUCGGAAGAGGAACGCCGGGUCGUCGCGUUCCACGAAUCCGGACACGCACUGGCGGGGUGGUUGCUGGAGCACACGGACGCACUGAUGAAGAUUUCUAUCGUACCACGAGCCAGUGCCGCGCUCGGGUUCGCACAGUACUUGCCGUCCGAUCAGAAACUCUACUCAACAGACCAGCUUUUGGACCGUAUGUGCAUGGCGCUAGGAGGACGGGCUGCAGAGGCACUAAUAUUUAACAAAGUCACUACAGGUGCGCAGGAUGACCUGAAUAGGGUUACCAAGAUGGCGUACGCCCAGAUCCAGUCCUACGGAAUGAAUGAGAGAGUCGGUCAGGUCUCCUUCCCUGAGAGCAAGUCCGGCGAGCUGGGUACCAGACCGUACAGCCAGAGACUACAAUCAAUCAUUGAUGAGGAGGCUCGUAAGCUCGUCACCAGUGCAUAUAGAAGGACAGAGAAACUCCUGUCUGACAACAUGGACCAACUGAAAAUGCUGUCGCAUGAACUACUAAAAACCGAAGUCCUAAACUACGUUGAUGUGGAAGCCCUGUUGGGCCCGCCUCCCUUCGGCACCAAGAAGCAGAUAAAUCUGGACGAGUUUGACGUCCUGGGUGAGGCGGACGACAGCGACAGUGGCAACGACCCGCCUAAAGAUCCACGGAACAAGAAGGAAGAUGAAGAACCUAAUGCAUAUGCGUAGUUAAUUAGCAUAAUCAUUAACAUGUUUCAUCUGAAUAUUCAUGAUAUCUGAAUAUUUAGGAUAGUUUGAACCUUAAAGUUGCAAUCGCCGUGCGCUUUAAUUUCAAUUUUUUUUUCUAUUAAUAAAUUUUCAA